AUGGAAAAAGUUUUCAAUGCCCUGAGAUGCCCUGAUGAGGAUAGGGUCACUUUUGCUACAUUUAUGCUGCUGGGAAAAGCGGAUAUUUGGUGGAAUGUGGAAAGAGGAAAGAUGGGACAGAAUGCUACAUCUUUGACUUGGGAAGGAUUUAAGGAGCUUUUCCAUGAUAAAUAUAUUCCCCAAAGCGUGAGACGGCAGAAAUUUCGAGAGUUUACCCGGUUAGAGCAGGGGAAUAUGACGGUCGCAGAGUAUGCUGCAAAGUUUGAGGAACUGGCCAGGUCCAAGAAACAAACUACUGUGAAUGAUAAGACUCAGCGCAAGGAUACUGUGAAAUGCUAUAGAUGUGGCGGACCCCACUAUCAGAGCGAGUGCAACUGGUUCAAUGAGAAUUGCUUUUCAUGUGGCCAGCAGGGCCACAAGGCAAAUACCUGUCCUAAUCGCAGUGAGCAACAGGCUCGACAGACGUCUCAGCCUAUUUCAGGAGCUCCAGCAAAUCAAGUAUCUCAGAAUGAACAACAACGAGGAGGACAACAGAAGCCUAGAACUCAGGGGCGAGUCUAUGCUCUUACACAAUAG